UAUCGCGAAAAGCCACUCUAACGCUUAGAUAAAGAACGAUAAAAUUUCCGUUUGCGAAGAAAGGUUUACUCAUAGUUUACUUGUCAAUCGUCAAAAAUCCAAAAUGGGCGACCCAAAUAUCAAGAGACCUCCCCAUGAGCUUCUUUUGGCGCAACUCAUACUCAGUGGCGUCAUCAUUGGCCUGGUUGUUCAUGCUACGUACCAGAAGUCCUUCACAAUGAAAAUUCCGAAUUUCGACUUCACUAAUGGACAAAUCACAGUGAACGGGUACAAGGAAAUCACCUUGGACAUAAAUGCCUUCUCAAUGGCGCAUACCGUUCUACUUCUUUUGAGCGUCAGUGUAUCUUAUUUUGUCUCAAACGCAAUGCUUUACGGAGUAAAUAAACUUUCCAUAGAACCGAUUCUCAAUCACACAAUACUGAUUUUACUGCAAGAUGUAGUCUUUUGUGUACUAAUGCUUGUCGGUGGAAUAGCUACGAUAGCGUAUCACCGAGCAGAAGGUGGAAAACAAACGGAACUCCUUAUAGCAGCGGGGAUUUCUUUAUUCUGCAGCGUUUCUUCCGGUGUAGGAGUCUAUUACUCAUACAAAGUGUAUCAAGGUCAAUAAAUCAUCUAAAAGAACUUAUUAUUUAAUGUUCCUCUUUUCACUAUGUACAUAUGCAUAAUGAUACAUCCUAGUGAACAAUAAUUAUGUGGUCAAAUAAAAAGUAUUACGAAUAAAAA